UGUGCUCCUCCGCACCCGCGCGUUGAUGCAUCCACGUCGCGCCUCCUCUCGUCGACCUCUUUGCCUAUAUACCACACAGAUCAUCACCGGCCGAUGCACUCGCCGACCUCUCCUCUCCAUCAUACCACGCACUAACACCGGUCGACACACGCCGAGGCGCAAAAGGGUACCAUGAUCGCUAUGGCCGGCGCGGUGGUCGCCGGUGUGGCAGCCGCGGCCACGGCGGGGAUUCUUGCCAUGGCGUCGUCGCGCGGCGACCAGCCUGAGGAUGCCACGAGCGCCGUGGCGGCGGCGGCGGCGGCGGCGUCCCAGGAGUGCGCGGUGUGCCUGUCGGAGCUGGCCGGAGCGGCGGGAUGCUCCGGCGACUCCGAGCCAUCGGCGGUGCUGGUGCGCGUGCUGCCGGGCUGUGGCCACGGGUUCCACGACGAGUGCAUCGGCAGGUGGCUGCUGCUGCGCCCAGAGUGCCCGCUCUGCCGCUGUCCCGUGGUCACCGCGGACAGUCGGCUAGCCAGGAAGGCCGUGCCGCUGGCGGAGGCCGCGCCUGCCUUGUCGCGGCCGGCUAGGAUCGCGUGCGGCUUCGGCGACGGGAGGGUCGUGUGGACGCGUAGCCCCCCCGUGGCAUUGUGAGGAAGGUUAUCUGGUUACUCGAGGAUUAGUGAAACCAAAGUGGAAGGAGCGCUUCAAGAUUCGCAUCACCUUUGGCUGAGUGUGUGGAAUCGGGUUUAUAUGUGUUUAUAUCAUCAUUGUUUUGUCCUUGCUUCAUGUGCAAAAUGCUUGCGGACAUUAUCUGAUAGUUUGUCACUUUAUCACACGGGUGAAUUGUAGGCUUUUUUCAAAUAAAAAUGUACUCCCCUCUAAACGCUCUUAUAUUCCUUUAUGAAGGGAGUACAAGGGGCACGCAUGUCUUAUUUAGGUUUUUGGUGUUCUAUUUAUUCA